AUCCAGCUCACGGUAAACCCCCAACACUCUUCACCUGAAUUCAUUCAUUUCUACAUUCUUCUACUACCUACUAAAGGCUUUCCAACAACCGCCAAAAUGGUCCGCAUUCUCUCUCUCGCCACUCUGCUGAUCGCCAGCGCCAUCACUACCCAGGCUGCCCAAUGGUGCCAGUGCCUCUUUCAAGACGGCUCGCACUGCUGCGUUUACUCGGAUCCCCAGAUUGGCAACCUCGACUGCCAGCGCUGGUGCAUCAACGCCCACCGCGCCGAUGGUGCCACUAACCCUGACCCUCUUGAGGUCGGCACCCCCUGCAACUCUAAUGGAAAGUACAGCACUGUUAGUGGCUGGAACGCUCAGUAUCGCACCCCUUGCUACAAGCAGUAGAUGAUUGCCAGCUCAAGUGCACAGCGGCUCUUGAUGGAUGGACGAUUGUUAGAGGAUCAUUGUAUAGAAUUUGUGACAACUACAAGGGGGUUGCGGUAUAGGUCUGGUAAUUGCUAUUCAUUGCAUUUUGUACAAGAAGAGGUGCGAUGGCGUGGACCUUGUCCAAAGUUACUACGUGGUCACGAUAUAAUAAACGGUGAUAGUCCUAAAAUAGAAACUGCCUCA